GUGCACGUCCUUGUGUUCCCUUGGCCACGGCAGGGACUCAUCAACCCCAUGCUCCACCUCGCCACGGCCCUCCUCGACGCCGGCGUCCACGUCACCUUCCUCCACACCGAGCACAACCUCUGCCGCAUUGCGAGGGCGCCUCAGCCGCGCCUACGUUUGCUGUCUAUCCCCGAUGGCCUCCCCGACGACCACCCCCGCCACUACAUGGAGCUGAUGGAGUCCAUGUGCACGACCGGCAGCGCCGCGUACCGUGCCCUGCUCUUGUCAUUGCUUCCGCCCGCCGACGAUGUGCCGCCGGUGACAUGCGUUAUCGCCGAUGGCACCAUGCCGUUCGCCACCGACAUCGCCGAGGAUCUCGGCAUCCCGGCGCUUGCCUUCUGCACAUUCAGCGCGUGCAGCUCCCUGGCGUUCAUGUCCAUGCCCAAGGUCUUCGAGCUCGGCGAGAACCCCUUCCCUGCGGACGACCCAGUGUGUGGCGUUUUGGGGAUGGAGGGCAUCCUCCGGCGACGAGAUCUUCCUCGUGGUCCUGGACUCUGCUCCACUGAGCAAGCAGGCGGCGGAGAUCCCAUGAUACUCAAGAUUGGCGAGGGCGUCGCUCAUAGCUGCAAGGCACGUGCGUUGAUAAUCAACACCUCCGCGUCCAUGGAGCGGCCAGCGCUCGCCCACAUCGCGUCGCACACACGCGACGUCUUCGCGGUAGGUCCACUCCACGCCAGCUCAAGGGCCGCCGCAAGCGCGAGCCUGUGGCGGGAGGACGACGGUUGCAUGGCGUGGUUAGACGGCCACGGCGACCGGUCCGUCGUAUACGUGAGCCUGGGGAGCAUCGCCGUGAUCUCGUACGAGCAGCUCACCGAGUUCCUCUCCGGCCUCGCAGCCACCGGGUACGCCUUCCUCUUGGUGCUCCGGCCGGGCAUGGUCCAGAUGGCUAGCUCAGCGCUACUUCGAGAAGCCGUCGCGGUAGCGCAAGCCGGCAAGGCCAAGAUCGUGGAGUGGGCUCCUCAGCGGGACGUGCUGCGGCACAGAGCGGUGGGCUGCUUCCUGACACACGCCGGUUGGAACUCCACGCUGGAAUGCGCCGUCGAGGGCGUGCCGAUGGUGUGCUGGCCCUUCUUCCUCGACCAACAGAUGAACAGCCGUCUCGUGGGCGCCGUGUGGAGGACGGGGCUGGACAUGAAGGACGUGUGCGACAGGGCUGUCGUGGAGAAGAUGGUGAGGGAGGCCAUGGUGUCCGGCCAGAUCAAGGCAGCGGCCCAAGCCAUGGCGGAGCAGUUGAGGCUGGACAUCGCCGACGGGGGCUCAUCGUCAUCCGAGUUAGGGCGGCUCGUCCGUUUCAUCAGAGAGCUCAGCGUCAAGUCUGGUCCAGAGCCAAGAAUUACUUAAAUGAAAAUUAGUAUUGUUGCUUCCAAGGGGAUGAAAUGUGUCAUAAUUUCAAAAUUGGGAUAACAAGUGACCAAACUUGUACUUUGGGGGUAAUCCAUGUCAAAAGUGUCAUCCUUGAGGGUAAAAAAUGGAAUAAAACUUUCAAUCUUUGGUAAAA